AUGUCAGACAUGGGCAACCUCAUUAGCAGUGAUGAUGAACUACCUCCGAAGCUUAAUGGACUCAAGGAAGAUUCGUUCGUAUUCUAUACGAUUUCUGAACGUUGGCCAAAGACCAUCGCUAAAACAGUGGAUCACUUCCACCGUAAACGGCGAGACUUCAUCGAUCAAUAUGGACCGGAGGCGGAUGCAGACGUGAAGGCAAUCAUAGGAGAGCUGUCCGAGCUUCGUUAUCGGAUCUCGACUGAUAAACCUUUAGAAGACCUCAGUGACACGUCAUUCAGCUACGAUAUGUGGAAUAAAGCUCUGUCUCGAAUGAGGGCUCAGCAUGGUGAAGAUGAGGUAACGUGGUUCAAAACCGAGUGGUUAUUCGCGGAAUGUUAUUUGUACAGAAGACUCGUUGGAUGUACAGCGAAGACAAAAUAUCUGAAAAGUUUCGAUUUUUUCAUGGAACAAAAGGUUGAAGGAUUCAACAGCCACAUAGAACAAAUACGAGAUGGUAUCAAGUAUAUGUUCGCCGUUGCUCAGAAUUUGACUAUACAGCAGGAACGUGAAACAUUAGAGGUUCUCUUAAAGAUGUGCUUAUGGGGGAAUAGAUGCGACUUGUCUUUGUCUUGUGGAGACGCUACACAACUCGCUCAAUCUCCGAUAGAUAGUGCUCGGCAGUUGGAUUCGUUUGUUUUGUGCAAUGAUCUCGGGACAGCUAUAGACAAAUUCUUCCUGAAACUCAAGCCGAAUAAGGCAGGUUCGAGACAGCUCCACAUCGUCCUCGAUAAUGCUGGCCCUGAACUUAUGGGUGAUCUCAUUCUCGCCGAGUAUCUCAUGCAAACAAAGCUCGUCGACAAGACAGUACUGCAUGGAAAGGAGUAUCCUUACUUCGUCUCUGAUGUAACGGGAGGUGACUUCGAAUGGACAAUGACGGAGUUGAAAAAACGUGGAGAUAUGAAAUCAGUGGCUCGCGAGCUGUACGUACAAUUGACGGAAGCUUCACUGAUCAUGUUCAAAGGAGAUCUGAAUUAUAGAAAAUUAGUUGGCGAUAGAGACUGGCCGUAUAGAACUCCAUUGAAGACAGCUUUAUGCGGUUUCCUGCCGGCACCAAUACUCGCCCUACGGACCCUCAAAUCGGAAACAGUAGCUGGUCUUCCAGACGCUGUUGCUGCACGUAUGGAAAAAGAACCUGACCAAAAGUGGAUGGUCACUGGAGAGCAUGGAAUAGCACAGCUUGCUUAUUGA